AUGGCUAACGUAGAUCGAGUGAAUGAAAUUCUCUAUGCCUACAAUGAUGCUGGUCUCAUCGAUGAUGAGGAGUUACUUCUCCUGGCAGAUAGAAAUGUCCGAAGGAAUCCAUACUUUCCGUAUUGGCAUUACGCAAGGUUUGAUUUGGAGCAAAUGGAUGAUGAUGAAUGCAAGGCAGAGUUUCGAUUUAAGAAAGAAGAUGUUUACACCCUGCUAGAUGCACUUCAUCUGCCACCAGAGAUUAGAGUCUACAAUGGUGUUGUUUUUGACUCCGUUGAAGCUCUCUGUAUUCUCCUUCGUCGCCUUUCAUAUCCUUGCAGAUAUGGCGAUUUAAUUCCAAGGUUUGGACGACCAGUUCCCCAGUUGAGCAUGAUUUCCAACAAGCUUGUUGGCAUGCUGCACACACGAUUUGGUUAUCUUCUCCGAAACUUAGACCAACCUUGGCUUUCUAGAGCCAAUUUGAAGGCUUAUGCAGAUGCAAUUCACCAGACAGGUGCUGCUUUAGAUAACUGCUGGGGAUUUAUUGACGGGACAGUUAGACCCAUAUGCAGGCCGAAACAAAAUCAAAGGGCUGUUUACAACGGUCACAAAAGGGUCCAUGCAAUCAAAUUCCAAUCGGUAGUUGCACCAAAUGGUUUGAUUGCCAACCUGUUUGGUCCUGUAGAGGGAAGGCGUCAUGACAGUGCUUUGCUUGCAAUGUCUGGGCUUUUACCUCAACUGGCAGAGUAUUCUUUCUCCCCAGAAGGUCAAGCACUAUGUCUGUAUGGUGAUCCGGCAUACCCCCACAGGGUUCAUUUACAACGCCCAUUUCCUAGAAGACCUUACCUGACACCAGAAGAGCAUGCAUUCAAUCAGUCCAUGAGCAGAGUUAGGGUGUCAGUUGAAUGGAUUUUUGGUGAUAUCAUCAAUAGUUUUAAAUUCAUGGACUUCAAGAAAAAUCAGAAAAUUGGGUUGAGUCCUGUGGGUCAGUUCUACAUUGUCAGUGCUCUCCUUCGUAAUGCCAAUACCUGCUUGUAUGGAUCAAGUACCUCAGAAUAUUUUAAUCUCCAGCCUCCUGCACUUGGAGAUUAUUUCAUAUAA